UGCUGAUCUUUCGUGGACAACACACACUUGGUCUGUAUAAUGAUGGCACAGCCGUGAUGAUUUUCGUCGUAUGGGUUAAGAUUUCUUUUAAGAAGGAAAAAUGCUACGGGUACUAGUAAACAGCGCAAAAGACGUACCAAAUGUUGAGACUUUCGGAAAAAGUGAUCCAUACUGUAUUGUUAUAUUCCAAGGGAUUAAGAAGAAAACAGAGGUCAUAAAAGAUGAACUCAAUCCAGUCUGGAAUCAGAAAUUUGAAUGGGACUUACAGAGUCAAGUUUUAUCUCCCGAUGAAACACUUCAAAUCCUGGUCAAAGAUUGGGAAAGAGUUGGACGAAAUAGGUUGCUUGGCCAAGCGAUAAUUCCUCUCAAAGACUUGGUUAAAGACAAGUCACAUACGAUGCAAGCAGAAGUUAAUCUGUUGGACAGUAACAACCGCAUGACCCAGGCCAAGGUAUCGCUUCGCAUGGAGUACGUGCCUAAAGUGCAGAAAGAAGGAGAUGGAGAAAUCACUGUGRAGGGGAUCGACGAGGUGGAAGGAUUUGAAGGAUCCGAUGAUGAACUGGAGGGAGGUGGAGCCGAGGGCGUCGCUGAUGGAUUCAGAAAAAAACGUAGAAAAAAAAGGACGCAACGACACAAGCUUUCCAGCAAACCACAAGAUUUUCAGGUUCGAGUCAGAGUGAUUGAAGGACGUCAGCUCUCGGGGCAGAACAUCAGUCCAGUAAUCAGAGUGAAUGUUGCUAAUCAAAGUAGACAGACCAAAGUCAAAAUAUCAACAAAUAAACCUUUUUACGAUGAGACUUUUUUCUUUAACUUCAACAUGGCUCCCCUUGAAUUGUUUGACGAAAUCAUCAGUUUUGAGGUGUUCAAUUCUCGUAAACUCCGCGCUAAUGCUAUGAUUGGAUACUUCAAGUGCGACAUCGGUUUUUUCUACGAUGAACAAGGUCAUGCAGCGGUACGCAAAUGGGUUCUUCUGACCGACCCUGAUGACAGGAUGGCUGGAGUGAAGGACGAAGAAAAUGAGGAUGACGAUUAUUUGGGCAAAUCAAGAGGAUGCGAGGGAAUGCCGAUUGGCGUAUCUGCUGCAGGUUACAUUAAGGUGACCGUAAUAGUCUUGGGGCCUGGAGACGAAGCGCCGCCUGCCUCAGUUGGGCCCGCGCAGGAGGACAGCGAUGAUAUAGAGUCAAACCUCCUCCAACCUGCUGGAGUCAUGCUGCGUCCUGCGGUAUUCGCCCUCAAAGUCUACAGAGCUGAAGACAUCCCCCAGAUGGACUCUGGUCUUUUUGAGGGAGUCAAAAAGGUUUUUCACAUCGGCGAGGAACAAAAAGAGCUGGUUGAUCCUUACAUUGUCUUUACGUUUGCUGGUAGAAAGGCGCGGACAAGAAUUCAUUACAAUUCUGAUCAUCCGGAAUUUAAUCAAGAGUUGAACGUCCAGUUUAAUUUUCCCUCGAUGUGUGAAAGACUAAAACUACAGAUGUUUGAUUGGGAUCGACUGACGGCAGAUGAUUGCAUUGGAACUGCUUUUCUACCGAUGUCUGCCAUUGCUGGACAAGGAGACGAAGGAUUUCUUCCCAUGUUUGGACCUUGCUUCGUUAACUUCUACGGCUCAACCAGAGAAUAUUCAGAUCUACCAGACGAAUACGAUGAUCUUAACCUUGGAAUCGGAGAGGGCGUGGCCUAUAGAGGGAGAGUCCUCAUAGAGCUGGAGACAAAGCUUGGUGUCACCCCACAAGAAACAUCUGAAGAUCUACAGAACCAUGAGAUCAUCAGCGUACAGCCGUAUCUUCGUCGUAGAAAGUACAAACUGUUCGCGUGUUUCUUAGAGGCGACCAUGGUGUCUUGCAUCGAUGGUCCUGUUGAAUUUGAAGUCAGCAUUGGUAACUAUGGUAACAAGCUGGAUCUAUCUGUGCCACCGUCCUCGUCAUCUACUCCUCCUACAAAUGCCGUGUAUGAUGGAUGUUAUUACUACUAUCUACCAUGGGGCGAGACUAAACCAUGUGUCUGUGUUGACAGUCACUGGGAGGACAUUGGGUUUAGGCUUGGUACUUUGAACAUUCUUUUAAGAAUGUGUGAACGAUUGGAAAAUGCAAUGGAUAAGGUUAAUCUUUCAAUCGAAGCAAAUGCUCAGCCAGCAGAAACAGCCACGUUGCUGAUCUCCCUGUUAGACAUGCUUAUCACAGACUGCAGAAAACCAUUACCAAAAGUUGAUCAGCAAACACCCGGAGUGAAUGACUUGGAUCUCAAACUACAGGAAGUCAGAAUGAUGGAAAAGUUAUCAAUCAUGGAAGAAGCAGUGAAGUUACGAGAAAGCGCUACUGACGUGCAAGAAGCUCUGAGCGAAAUUGAAGGGUAUUUGCAACGACUCAAAGAUCUGACAAUUGAGCCUCAAAACAGCAUGCCUGACGUGAUCAUCUGGAUGAUUAGCGGCACCAAACGCAUCGCUUACUACAAGCUGCCUGCUUACGAUGUCCUCUAUGAACCCUACAGUGAAGCAUGUGGAGAAAACUGUGGCAAAGUACAGAAUCUCUUUAUGAAGUAUCCUGGUAAAAAACAACAAAAUAUUGAAGAUUUCCCCGAAGUACCUGCGCACGUUCGCCUGAUGGUUUGGCUCGGUUUGGAGAAACACCAAGAAGAAUGGACGAACAGAGAGUUGACCGAAGGUGACUUCUGUGUUUUCGCCGAGACGUACGAGAAUGAAAUGAAUAUACUCGGGAACUGGACAGCGAAAGGGCUUCCGCGUCCAAAUUUUUCAAAUGCAAGAGGAGACAUCAAGUUACCCAAGGAUUGCUUUGUAGCGCCACAAGGAUGGAGAUUCGAAGGCGACUGGUUCGUCAACCCUGAACUCAGUUUAUCAUACGAUAAAGACAGUGGUCACAAAACCUUCCUCGAAGAUGUUUUUGAAAACGAGUCCCGAUUACCGGGAGGAACCUGGGGACCAGCCUCCGUACAAUGGACUGAUGUGCGUGGGGAUCUGGCUACUGCUAGAGAUGAGAUCAAAUGUGACGAGGACUGGGAAUGGACUUCGGAAUGGUUGGUUGACUUGAACAGAGCGGUAGACGAAGAUGGUUUUGAGUAUACAGUUGAAUCAACCAUGGGUGGAUACGGCCCAGUAGAGAAGACUUAUCACUUGUGUAGACGAAGAAGAUGGGUUCGAAGCCGAAGACUGCUUGUUGAACUAGAAAUUGAAGAAGAAGAUAUACGAGAUGAGCAAAUCGCACUUCAGGGUUGGGAAUACGCUCCCAUGUUCUCAAUGAAAUUCCACGCAAAAGAACGAAAACUCGAUUAUGUGCGACGGAGGCGAUGGCAUCGAAGGAUGAUACAAGAGGACCCCAGCGCACCUGCCGUUUUCCACAUUGAUGUUGGAGGAGGAGAGGACACAGAAAAGGAAACACUUAUGAAUGCGCCAAGGAUGUUUAUUACUUUUGAGAAACCUCACAAAUGUCAAAUGCGUGCGUACCUUUACCAGGCAAGAGAUUUACUGGCUUCAGACCCAGAUGGCGUUUCAGAUCCGUACGCCCGCAUCAUAUUCGAAAAUAAGAGUCAAGUAACGGAGUGUCUUACUCGUACGUUGUGCCCAACUUGGGAUCAGACCUUGAUUUUCGAAAACGUUCAUAUUUAUGGCAGCAUCGAGCAAGUGGCCGAGGACCCACCUACUAUCAUUAUAGAACUGUUUGACAAGGACCCAGUGGGAAAAGAUGAAUUCAUGGGUCGGUGUGUGCUAACACCACUUGUCAAGCUGAAUGGCCAAGGUCCUCCCUCUCCACGCUUGCUCUGGUACGAUGUAGAACGAGGCAAUGAGUAUGGCGGGGAAAUACUUGCAGCAUUUGAAUUGUACUUGGAUGAAGGAGCAGAUCUUCCAUUUGCACCACCCAUGAAAGGAAACUUGUUCCUGGUACCAAACGGGAUCAGACCAGUUAUGCAAAGAACAGCAAUAGAGGUGUUAUGCUGGGGCGUUCGAAACAUGAAAAAGUUCCAGCUGGCAAGUGUUUCGUCUCCUUCCAUAGAAUUUGAAUGCGGUGGUCACGUGAUUAACUCUACCAUCAUCAAGAACACUCAGAAGAACCCAAACUUUGACCAGCCGAUUUUCUUCUUCGACGUGUAUCUACCAAAAGAAGAGCUGUACACGCCUCCAAUGAACAUCAAAGUCCGAGAUAAUCGUUCUUUUGGCCGUAAGCCAGUAGUUGGAAUUCACUCGAUGAAAUCCUUGCAAAAGUUCAGGUGUGAUCCAGCAAGCCACGAUGACGUCCCCCAGUCUCCAAGUUUGAAGAAAUCUCCCAGCCGAGCUUCCUCUCACAUCAUGGACAUCAAAGAAGAAAAGAAAAAGAAAACAGAAGAAGUCGUGGAGGAGGAUAUUGACUGGUGGUCGAAAUUCUACGCAUCUAUUGGUGAAAUGGACAAAGCUGGUCAGUACUUGGAAAGAGGUUACGACAAAAUCAUGGUUUAUCCAACUGAAUUAGAAAAAGUGGAACCAUUCGAUGGGUUUCAAGAUUUCAUGGAAACGUUUCACAUUCACCGUGGAAAAACUGCAGCCAAAUCCGAAGAAGAAGAAACUAUCGUCGGAGAGUUCAAGGGUACAUUCAGGGUAUAUCCUAUGCCAAGUGAUCCAAGUGUUCCACUUCCGCCCCGACAUCUCUCCAACUUGCCUCCAAGCGAACCAGUGGAAUGCACCAUACGUGUCUACAUAAUACGGGCCAUUGAUUUACAGCCUCAAGAUGCCAAUGGAUUGGCUGACCCAUAUUUGGUAGUGUCUUUAGGAAAGACUAAAAUGAAGGACAGGGACAAUUACUGCCCGAAUAACCUCAACCCAUUCUUUGGAAAAAUGGUUGAGAUCAAUGCAACUAUUCCAAUCAUCAAAGACUUGACGAUCGCUGUCAUGGAUUAUGAUCUCAUUAGCAGAGAUGACUUGAUAGGAGAGACCAUCGUUGAUCUAGAAAAUCGGUUCCUGACACGAUUCCGUGCUGGCUGUGGAAUACCACAGACAUACUGCACGUCGGGUCCGAAUCAAUGGCGAGAUUCACAGACUCCUCGUCAAAUCUUAGACUCGUGGUGCGCGUCACAAGGAAAGCCAAAACCACAGUAUCUUGGCAACACGCAGCUUGUACUAGAAGACAAAGCCUAUUCGCUACAGGACUUUGAAGAAGGAAUGAUGCACCAUGCACACCUUGGCCCUCCUGACCAGAGGCUUGCUUUACACGUCUUGAACACUCUACCCAUUGUACCUGAACACGUCGAGACGAGAUCCUUGUACAAUACACUUCAGCCUAAUAUUGAACAGGGUAAACUACAGAUGUGGGUAGAUAUAUUCCCUAAGCACCUUGGAACUCCAGGAUUGCCGUUUAAUAUCUCACAACGAAAACCAAGCGAGUACGAGUUACGAAUCAUCGUCUGGAACACCAGUGACGUCAUUCUGGAGGAAACAUCAAUCACAGGCGAGAAGAUGAGUGACAUUUACGUCAAAGGAUGGAUGGCUGGUGCAGAUGAACCUCAGAAGACUGAUGUACACUACAGGUCUCUGGAUGGAGAGGGCAACUUUAACUGGAGAUUUAUCUUUCCAUUUAUGUAUUUACCAGCCGAGAAAAUAAUGGUGGUUCGUAAGAAGGAACACUUUUGGAGUCUUGACGAGACAGAGGAGAGAGUACCACCUCGCCUAAUAAUCCAGGUCUGGGAUAACGACCAGUUUUCUCCUGAUGACUUUCUUGGUCAACUAGAACUGAACAUAGACCGUAUGCCCAAGCCAGCUAAAAGUGCUCGCAAAUGUAACCUCUCCAUGCUGCCGCACGUCGAAGGCAGCAAGGCAAGCAGUCAAAUCGAGAUCGUGUCUCUCUUCGAGCAGAAAAGAGUGUAUGGUUGGUGGCCGUGUGUUAGCGAGGAAAGCACUUCAGAAGAGAUGCAGUUGACCGGUAAAGUAGAAAUGGCUUUGGAGCUUCUGACAAAAGACGAAGCGGCAACCAAACCAGCUGGACGAGGUCGAGAAGAGCCAAACCAGAACCCAACAUUAGAAGAACCAAAUCGCCCAGCAACAUCAUUCCGCUGGUUCACGUCUCCCUUCAAGACACUUCGUUACAUCAUAUGGCGUAACUACAAAUGGUGGAUCCUUUUGUUACUGGUAAUCUUGCUUCUUGUUGCUGCUGUCUUGGUCUUCUUGUACGCCAUGCCGGGCUACACUGUAAAGAAGAUGUUCAAGGUGUGAACAGGCCACGUGUCAAUAAUGAUUCUGAUUGGACACAAAUUUAUUCCAAGAACGGACUAUAACUAGGCGUAUCCUAUCAAUGGGAAAAUAGUAUAAAACCAGAACAGUUUUCUGUGUACAAGAAGUAUAGUAUAAUGUUUGAAAUAUCCAAUAUUAACCGGACAGGUUCAAAGGGCCGGGAAUGCUUUCAUUCAUAAGUAUAAAAAUAUAGACACCCAUAUGUAAAAUUAAUUAAUUGGGUAGGGUAGAAAUAUGGUAAAAAUUUCGAUAGGAAAAAAAAUCGUUGGAAUAUUCUUGGGAGAAUUUUUCGAAAUAUUUAAUAUUAGUCUUUACCCUGAAUGGUCCGGUUUCCGAUCCACGAUGUUGCCAGGUCACGUGAUACUUUCGAGCCAAAACUUUACACACGUGAUUCAAAGCGUUUAAUGUCCACUUCCGAUAUAUGCCUGGCUUGCCACGCACAAGUGUUUCAAUGUGAGAGCUUAUUCCCAAUGCUCAGUGAAUUUUGACAAGAGAAAAGAAUGAAUUCAUUCUAGCACGUAGCCUCGUAAAUGAAACCUUUGUGUUUGGCAAGCGAAGCAUAUCUCUAAAGUGGGCUAUUUACAUCAAUGUUUUCUGGAUAAUUUUACAUAUCUUAGGUUUACUUUGCUACGUCCAGCUCAAUCUGAUCUUGUAGUCGAAGCUAGUCUAAAAUUAUUGCAUGUUUAAUAUUCAAAAUGGCGGUAAGUAAUCACGUGAUCUUAAAGAAUGUAAGGUCUAUUUAUAGUUUUGGUAGCUGUGUGAGGAGGUACAUUAGUAGCGCACACAGGGUAACGUUUUCGUUCUUCGUUGAAUUCAAGUGAGACGUCGUAAAAAAUAAGUGUCUGAUUGUCACGUUAAUUUAUCAUAGCAGUAGUUGUAUGUAUUUAUAUUGUGGUUUUGCAUGCUGGCCAUGAAAAAGACUGAUAAUACAAGAUUAGUGAGGAAACAACUAACUGUCAACCCCAACCCACUUAAUGUUCCCAGAAUAGUCAAAUGAAUUGUAAAUUAUAAUGGAUUAAUAAUAUAUUGGAUCUUGAAUUACAGCAAAAUAUUUGAUUUGUC